AUGUCAGAAAGGAAAGAAAGACCGACCUGUCAGAGGGAAGACGAACGCCUUUGUAUUGCUCCCGGGCGGCUGAGUGAGCGCAAGAGUAGCACCACACAGAGCGACAACAUUUACGUGCACAUCGUCCCAAGCCUGCGUGCAGAGUCUGCUGAGCGAUGUGUGUGUGGAUGGCAACGACGACAACCUUGGAAGUUAGACAAGACGGAAGCGAAGGUGACACCACUUCGGCAAUGCUGUGGCCUUCUUGGUGGUGGUGAGUAUGACUGCGUGAUGAUAUCGAUACGCUGCUCUGAUUGGCUCGGACAGCAAGCAUGCGGCCGGGCGGAAUGGGCCGUGCAGGUUGGCGCAAUCAAAGCUGGACGACAAAGCUUCCUUCCAAAGGUUCUUCCUUCUCUAUGUGUGUGGAGCGAGAAGCGUGUUCCAGUUCGCGUGCACAACGAAUGCGAUUCUUCAAGGUUCUUCCCUACAGGCGUUUGCUCGGGUUCCAAUCACAUGGCUCCAGUUAGUUCCUACGCCGUUUUCGUUGUACCCAUGAAGAUAGAGAAGCUUUCCGAACGAUGGGUUAUUUCGGUGGCUGCAGGUGGUUAG